AUGGCUCCCCCUCUCAACAAGCGGCAGAACUCACUGCCCAGCGGCUUCAUAUCGAUUCGAGAUAUACUGGACCGUAAGCGUGGAGUGGGAAACUUGCUGAAUGUCAUUGGCGUCGUCAAAGACUUCAGAACCCCCGUUCCUACCAGGAGAAGCGACUGGAAGUGUGAGAUCCGUCUAUGUGAUGACUCUGAUGAAGAUGCUUCGUCCAACUCCAUCGCCAUCAACAUAUUCCGGCCGGAAAAUGAGAUGCCGGAUCCUAGCCUUGGUGACGUUAUAGUGCUCUACCAGGCCAAGCUGCAAUCACACUCCGAUACACUAUCACUGUUGACACACUGGACCACAGAUGUGUAUCUAUAUUCGGCAAACCAGAUUCCACGACCACCAGAAGGAGCAUUGAAAGCCCUACGCCCUCAGCAAAGAAAAACGACUCAUAGCCCUGGACAGGCAGUACAUGAAUACGUUUCGUCUCUCUAUCAUUCCAUAGACAAGAAGAGUCUUCCAUCUGAGGCAGAGUUCCAAGAUAUGAAGGCAAAAUCCGCCAACGCCUCGGACAAAUUCAAGGAGCUCAAGGAUGUCCGAGAUAGCACAUUUGCCGAUGUAAUAGUCCAAUUGGUCAGGCAGCCAUAUGAUACCAGCGACAAAAUUACUCUUUGGGUAUCAGACUUUACGGAGAAUGACAGCUUUUUUCAUUUCGCAUUCAAGGGGUUUGGUGGCGAUGGUGGCCAAGCUCCUGACCCCUUCGGAUAUGGAGUCAACCUGCCAUACGGAGCUGGCACUGGCGGUGAGUGGAAAGGACCCUUUGGGAAGCGGAGCAUGCAAGUCACUUGCUUCGAGCCCCAUACCUCAUUUAUCAGAGAACGGGGACUCUCUACAGGCUCUUGGGUCAUGCUUCGGAAUCUUCACAUAAGAUAUGGACACAACGCCGCCAAUCUUGAGGGCUACUUGCGUUCAGAUUGGAAGAUCCACAUCGCACAGAUGGAUAUUACAGACACGGAGGCUCCUGAUCCUCGCUUAAAAGAGGCUGUCCGCCGUAAACGCGACUAUGAACGGGAGAAGGAAAUGCUCCUUCAGGCAGGAUUGGCUGGAAAGAAGAGGAAGAGUGACUUGGCCGAGAUGCAGCCGCCUCAAGUUGAGAAGCCGAGGAGGAACAAAAAGCCCAAACAAAAGGCGAAGAAACCGGUCAAGGUGGCAGAAGUCUCAAUAUUGUCACAGAUAGGGGCCACAGAGCAAGGAGAGUCGACAGUAAUAGACCUGACAUCGUUAGUGAAAUGCGAAAACGAAAACAAAGCCAUCAGCACCAUUGGCGACAUGCUAGACCCUGUGUACGUAGAAACGGAUAUCAAUGGCGAGCAAGUCAAGCUGCAGCUUCCUUUUGUAAAUAUGAAGUACCGCGCCAACGUUCGGGUUGUCAAUUUCAUGCCCCCUAACCUCGAGGACUUUGCUCAACCAAAGAAACUAAAGAAAAAGAAACAUCCGGAAUUCGAGAUGCUUUCCGAUGAAGAGUCAGAUGCAGACGCAGACAUGGAAGGGGAAGAAGAAGCAGUGGAUCGUUCGACAGCGCGUGAGUGGGAAUGGCGGUUCUUCUUGGAACUGGAAGAUGCGAGUUCUCAUGGGGAAAACCAGAAAGAGAAGAGAACUCUCUGGGUCGCAGUGAACAACCCUUCUGCGCAAUGUCUUUUGAGCUUGGACGCUUCUGACUUGCGUUCGGACCAGAAGAAUCUCGAGGCCCUACGCCAGCGCCUAUUUCUCCUAUGGGGAGACCUAGAGGAAAAGAAGAGCCUGGAAGAAGAAAACAAACGCCAAGCGGCGCUGACGAACAGGGGCGUAAAUCGUCCCCCGUUGCAUAGUUCCGAUGAUGAAGGCAGGAUGCCGCAAAAGCAGGGCCCAGGAUCGUCGCAAGUCCGUAGCAGGCCAUUUUCCUGCUGCAUUCACCAGUACGGAGUCGAAGUUCCCGAGGAAGAUCCCCUCAAGGCAGACGCUGGCGAGGGCAUGAGGUGGCAGAGAAUGUUUGGGCUUUUUGGGACACGAAUAGCGUAUACUUGA